AUGUCUCGUCUCGAUGUCGCCCUCAAGGACAUGCCGGGAGUCACGACUCUGGACAAGGUGAACACUCUUAUGAGCAAGCUCGCUGCCGCCAAGGAACUGCUGGGGGGCUUGGAGCCAGACGUACUACUACAAGCUCGCAGCAAAGUCGAUGAACCCGACCGCGAGCUAUACAAGAGCCCAGCCCUGCUAAAGGCUUACGAGCAGAUCUCCAAGAACACACAUGGUACGUUGACCAGAUCAAAGAAGAUACAAACUCUAAUGUCUACAACAGACGCACCCGAGGAUGAGUUCGAGGCUGCGAUGAUGGCUGCGUUUGGGGCUGUCGAGAAAUCUGAGACAUCCCAAGAGGGUACACAUCCACAGGAGCCACCUCUUCAAGACACCCAUCGUAUCAUGCAGCCGCCACGAGUCCGACCUCACGAGAACACCGGCCGCCAGUCCAACCCCGCAGAACAGGAAGCCUCCUCGGAAACCCCUACUCCUGAGUCCAUUCCUCGUCCCAAGCAGAUACCCAGAUGGACAGCAAGAUGCUCGAAGGAAGAGAGGCACAACCUUAGCCCCGCUGAUAAUCUCCCUUGUCCUCGCAAAGCGUGUAACUUCCUCCACGACGACCAACAUGCGUACAUGAUCGAGGGCCUGUAUCAAAAGGAUGUGAGCACCGGAAAGAUCCAAGCAUGGGAUCUGAAACCAUAUACCAGCCGCGCCGGGCACAACAUGGGCUUAGAGAAGGUGGGCAAGAACGACCGGAACUUCGAUGGAUUCCUCAAGAAGUUGAAGAAUAAGGACAAGGCAAGCGAGACGAAGGCCAAGGAAGAUUACGCUCAAAAGAAGAAGAAGAAGUCUGCUCUGGAGGUCAAGGCUGCUCCUGAGACUGCACACAAGUCCACCAAGGCUGCCACGGACGCUGAGGCUACUGCCAAGGCACCGCCCAAGAAGCGUAAGGUCGCGGCUACCACGGGAGGGGCGAAGGGAACUGCGGAGCAACCAGCGAAGAAGAGCAAAGGUGGCGAGGCUGACCGCUAG